AUGGCCGCCAGGACGGCUCGCCGCUCGCGCGCGCUGGAGAGGUGGGCCCGGCUGGUGCGCUCCUUGUCGCGCGGAGAUGACGUACUCCGGGGGAGCGCCGCCGCCGCUGCCGCUGCCGCUGCUGCUGGAGCCUUGUUCGCCCAGCAGCAGCAGGACUUGGUGGCAGUUGCGGGCGGGAAGAUGGCGGAUGCCGCCGCCGCCGUGGGGAGCGGGGAUGGCUCGCUCCUCCAUCCGGAGCCCGGGCAGCGGAGGAGCAGCUUCACGGGCGGGGAAUCGCGGUCCACUCAGCCAUCGCCGGCGAGAUCUGCCCCUCCUUCCCCUUCUCCUAGUCUGGGGCACCAGCAGCAACACCAGCAGCAGCAGAGGACCGAGACCCUGGGCUUCUACGAGAGCGAUCUCCAGCGGCAGCAGAAGCGCCGAGGGCCCUCAGAUCUUUCGCUGUUGAGAUUCAUCAAUGCAGAGCUAACAAGGGGUUACUUCCUUGAACAUAAUGAAGCAAAGUACACAGAACGGAGGGAAAGAGUGUACACGUGCAUGCGAAUACCAAGAGAACUAGAAAAGUUGAUGAUUUUUGGGAUCUUUUUGUGCCUGGAUGCUUUCCUUUACGUGUUCACACUCCUACCGUUGAGAGUUUUUCUAGCAGUGUUCAGGUUCAUCACGUUGCCUUGCUAUGGCUUACGCUCUCACCGAGGCCUAAGAAUGAGUGACAGGCGUUUGCUGCAGCCUGCUCAGGUCUGUGAUAUUUUCAAAGGAGUUAUACUGGUAAUCUGCUACUUCAUGAUGCACUAUGUUGACUAUUCCAUGAUGUACCACCUGAUAAGAGGACAAUCUGUCAUUAAACUCUACAUCAUCUAUAAUAUGCUCGAGGUAGCUGAUCGUUUGUUUUCAUCUUUUGGUCAAGAUAUCUUGGAUGCUCUUUAUUGGACAGCUACAGAACCAAAGGAAAGAAAAAGAGCACACAUAGGUGUGAUUCCCCAUUUUUUCAUGGCAGUGCUGUAUGUCUUCUUGCAUGCUAUCCUUAUAAUGGUCCAAGCAACAACACUCAAUGUAGCCUUCAAUUCCCACAAUAAGUCACUUCUAACUAUCAUGAUGUCUAAUAACUUUGUUGAAAUAAAAGGAAGUGUCUUCAAGAAGUUUGAGAAGAACAAUCUGUUUCAGAUGUCAAAUAGUGAUAUCAAGGAGAGAUUCACCAACUAUGUGCUGUUACUGAUAGUUUGUUUAAGAAACAUGGAACAGUUUUCUUGGAAUCCAGACCAUCUGUGGGUGUUGUUUCCAGAUGUUUGUAUGGUGAUUGCAUCAGAAAUUGCAGUGGACAUUGUAAAGCAUGCUUUUAUAACAAAAUUCAAUGAUAUCACUGCUGAUGUCUACAGUGAAUAUAGAGCAAGCCUUGCAUUCGACCUUGUUAGCAGUCGACAGAAAAAUGCAUACACAGAUUACAGUGACUCUGUUUCCAGAAGAAUGGGUUUUAUUCCGCUCCCACUGGCUGUUUUACUCAUCAGAGUUGUUACAAGUUCAGUAAAAGUACAGGGAGUCUUGGCUUAUGCCUGUGUUCUUCUGUUCUACUGUGGGUUAAUAUCUCUCAAAGUACUUAACAGCAUUGUGCUUUUGGGGAAAUCAUGCCAGUAUGUGAAAGAAGCAAACAUGGAAGAGAAGUUGUUUAACCCUCCUACCAGCACCCCAGGCAAACCUCUUAGCAAACCGCAGAGCAAGUACAAGUCCACCCACGAGGAAAAUCUGCCUUCUUCAGUGACCAGUCAACCUGUGCACCAGAAAGAAAAUGUAGUGCCACAACUUGUGACUAGCAACUCUGAUCAGUUCUUGACAACUCCAGAUGGUGAUGAGAAAGAUAUAACUCAGGACAAUUCAGAAUCAAAACACAGAUCUACAAAGAAAGAUUUGUUGGAGAUAGACAGGUUUACAAUUUGUGGAAACCGAAUUGACUAGACUUUUGUAAAUAGAUGUGCUUAGGAUACUGAACUGUUUGGACAGCAGAUGCUAACAAGGAUGACAGACGCCAAGUAGGCGCUUCAAUAUUUAUUUUAAACCUUAAAUUAUUAAUGGCAAACCAAUCACAGCGAGUAACUUGGAUGGAUACAUUGCUCAGAUUUCAGCUCUUUAACUUGGAUAUUUUGGAAAAUGUGAUGGUUUUCAGAGAGGUCUACAGCGUUGCAAAGCUACAACAUCGCUUUCCUGGAAUUAAUGUAUGAAAUAUAUUUAAAUCCAUUUCUGCUGUAUCAAUCUGUGCUUCCAGAACAUACCUCUUUUCAUCAAAGUCCCUUCAUUAUGAGGAAAACUUUGGAAAUGUGUUUGCAUCUUUAACAAAGAAGCAUCUUUUCCCAUUUAUUUUCAUAAGCAGCUGCAAAAGGAUUUAACACUCUUCACCUGCCAAAAGUCUUUUUCAAACUUUGAAUAGAAUUAAUAAUCAAGUUAUUCUUGUCAUUGGAAGAUUUCAGAUAAUCCAAAUAAAUUAUUAUUUAAUUAAUUAUUAUUGCAUAAUAUCUUUUGUCUUAAACAUUAAGUCAUUAACCAGAAUUUGAUCACAAAGCAAGAUAGUGGAACAUGAAUGGUAAAUGAGCAAAAUAGGUUUCUUUCCCAUUAUGUUCAGUUUUUUCUGUACUUUAAAUGUUUAAGUCUUGAGAUUAUAAACAUAAAGUGUACAUGCUUGUGUGGAGGAUGGGUCAUACCAGCUUGUGGGAUUGCACUUUGGCACUUGAAAAUGUUUUAGCUGCAUUGAAAUAGGCAAGAUAUGUUAUAUGUGUUGUGUUGCUGAAUCAGUUAAGCAUAGCAGCUUUUUAAUUUGGCUAAAUAAGCUAUAAAUUGACAAAAAGCGAAAGAGAGCCAGAUAUAGAUAUUGGUUGUUAAGGAAACAUUAGGUAGAAUGAAUAUAUUCUUAGGAAGUGCUUGGGUUUUGAAGUAUAAAAUAGUUUUACUUGAGGCCGUGUGAAGGUGCUCUCUUGCUGUCUAUCACCAGUGACCAGUAAACACAUCUAAUAGGCUAUGCUUUAAAUAUUAUUUAGGCUGAAAAAUCAGCAGCUAUUUGACAGUUCAUUUAUUGCCUUUACAGAGUGGCCAAAUAAAAAUCUAGUAAAUUAAGAAAUUGCAUUCAGAAUACAGGUUUGCCCUCCCAAAGCUGCAGAUACUGUUGCCAAGAUUAAAUGGAUAUCCUGAUAAAGAAGCUUCAAAGAUGGAUUAAAAUAGGAUGGUGUUAAAUUCUCUGCUCAAAAAGGGCCAUUUCUCUCCUCUCACAUACACACACACACAGCCCAUGAUUUUAUUUCUCUCUCAGCUUGAUAAAGUGGCCAAAUUUGGAAAUGUUGUAGGAGUAGCAUCUUUAAAGUUAAACUCAAAAUCUGCAAAAAUGAUUAUUUCAGCUGUGUGUUUAUUUUGCAAAAUGUCAUUAAUUAAAAUUUAAUUCAGAAUAUAUGUGAAUUUGUUGUAAUUUAAUUUUUAUUUAAUUGUUGCUCAAAAGAAGCCUGGAAUGGUUUUCCCCUCCUGUAAAAUGAAAUUAUGUAUGGAUUUUAUAAGUGCAUCUUGUGUGAUAAUAAAAAUUCAAUUUUGUAA